AUGUCCGCUUCUUCCGCCGCAUCACCGUCCAGCAGCCACGAUGCUUCUGGCGGCGGCGGGAGUUCUGAAAAGUCAAGUGUCAUCCUAAAAGUCGGAAUGGUAGGCGACUCUCAAAUCGGCAAAACUUCUCUUAUGGUCCGCUACGUCGAAGGCAGUUUCAACGAAGACUACAUCCAAACCCUCGGUGUCAACUUUAUGGAGAAGACCAUCUCGAUCCGUAACACAGAAAUCACUUUCUCCAUCUGGGAUCUAGGAGGCCAACGCGAAUUCGUCAAUAUGCUUCCUCUCGUUUGUAACGACGCGGUCGCAAUCCUAUUCAUGUUCGACCUAACCCGCAAAUCCACUCUCAACUCCAUCAAAGAAUGGUACCGGCAAGCCCGAGGAUUCAACAAAACAGCUAUCCCCUUCCUAGUCGGGACCAAAUACGACCAUUACGCUACUCUACCGAGAGAAGAACAGGACGAGAUCACAAAACAAGCUACACGGUUUAGUAAAGCGAUGAAAGCCCCGCUAAUCUUUUGCUCGACAAGUCAUGCGAUCAACGUGCAGAAGAUUUUCAAGGUGUUGUUGGCCAAGGCGUUUGAUUUGAAAUGCACCAUUCCCGAGAUUAAGGGCGGCGGAGAGCCGUUGUUGAUUUAUGUAAGUCAGCAGAAGCGUGGUUCGGAUCAGAAACUUGAUGUCUAG